CGAUGGUUGAGUGGUGGACAAAAGCGUCCCACGGCCACGCCUUCAUUGAGCCCUGGUAUAGACGCAUUGACGCUAAUCAUCACAGAUAUACCGCCAUUUUUGGCCCAGCCGGCAAUGCCUCAGAUGUGUUCUACAAGAUCAACAAUUACCGCCAGAGCACGCAGCAGUACAGAAUCCAUAGGCGGACAAAGCACAGCCUGCAUCGCGUCCUGGUGAUGGCAGACAACCAGAACGGCCCGUCAAAUUUCCGUCGUGUGCUGGCCAGGGUCCGCAAAUUCUACGGCAGCAACAUCCCAGACACAAUUUUGCAUGUCGGUGACAGCGUCCAGACUGCACGCAAAUUGAAUGAUUGGCAGAAGCAGCUUUUCUCGCCCAUGGAGGAUUUCGGCGGUCUGCAGCACAAUGUGCCGACAAUAUUUGUGCCAGGCAACCACGACCAUGACAAGAGCCGCAAGCCAAACAACAACAACCUGUACACAGACAUGUACCACAGACUGCUCGAAUCUGAAGAUCUGGGCAAAUCAUCAGUGGUCGAUGGCGAAUACCAUAGGUUCUACCACAGCGUGAGCGUAGGCACAGCACGCAUCAUCGUGCUGGAUGCAGAGUGUCCGUCGACAGAACAGAGCGAGUUUCUGGAGAGUGAGCUGCAAUCAGCAGCAUUCCAGGAUGCUGAAUUCAAGAUCGUUGCGAUCCACAUCCCGCCUUAUAUUGAGUUCUGGGACCCUUUUACGUGGAACGACAAGGGUGAGAAGCACUGGGGUGAGCACAUCCGGAUUGAAUAUGACCCGCUAUUCCGCAAGCAUGGCGUGGAUCUGGUCAUCUCUGGUCACCAGCACAACUACCAGAGGUCAACUAUACACCGCGGGCCAGGCUAUGGGAAAAACGACACGAUCACAUAUGCCAUUGUUGGUGGAGCCGGCGGCAGUCUAGACCUGCGACGGGUCGAGAACUAUCAUAUGUACAAUGUUACAUACCUUGACCACCACUUUGUCAGUCUAGAUAUCGAGGACAAGCGCCUGCACUGGGUUGCCCACAACAUUGCUGGCCAGACAGUCGACGAGUUUGUCCUCCAGCACUAGCAGCCUUUUAAAUAGCUCUAAAUUGUAUAUUCUUGUGUUAUUGGCGAUGUGUGUGUGUGUG